AUGAACAUCGAUCCUCAGCUGCGAGGUUCGCCUCCCAAACCACGAGACUCUUUCCAAAAUGGCGCCGCCACCACCGCAUAUUCUCCUAUGCAGCCGAGUCCCAAUAAUUCAUACCAAUCCAUCGCAACUCCCAAUUACUACUCCAGCCACCCACACACUCAGGAUAGUCCGGAUGAUCAGAGUCCCUCGGCCAAUCCCAACGAUCCCAAUGACCUGAAAAGACCCAGAGCUUGUGAAGCUUGUCGACAGCUGAAGGUCAAAUGUGAGCCCGAUGACAAUCAUCCCACGGGCUCCUGUAAGCGAUGUGCCAAAGCAAACAGACAGUGUGUUGUCACCCAACCCAGCAGAAAAAGACAGAAAAAGACCGACAGCAGGGUGGCCGAGCUCGAGAAGAAAAUUGAUGCUCUCACUGCCACUUUAGCAGCACGGGGGGGCAAUGACGCAGAUCAUGUUGUUGACAAUGCCCGCUCCAUGUCUCUUUCACAACCUGCCUCAAUACCCCGACCAUCUACCUAUCCUGAGCCCUGGCAACCCCCACCACCUGUGGCACACCAGUCACCUCAGUCCCUCCAGUCCAUCAAUCAGGGUGUCAAGAGAAAAAUCGCAAACGAAUAUGAUUACUUUGGAGGCGAACUGCACAAAGCCGGGGCUCCUCCCUUCAAAGCCGCCACUCCGGCUCCUCAGUAUCAAGCAUAUCCAGAACUAAUCAAACCCAAAGCCGAGUCUGAUGACUGGUCGACUUAUGAUGCCGUGGAAAGAGGUCUGGUCGACCUGAACACAGCUCGAAAGUGCUUUGAACGCUACAUGGCAGAAAUGUGCGAUCAUCUACCUUUGGUCGUGUUCCCGGCGGGUACCACGGCCGAUGACAUCCGUAAGACUAAGCCAAUGCUUUUUGCAGCAGUAUUGGCGGUAGCUGCAGGUACUAUCAGGCCAGAUCUGCAACCCAGUUUGAUCAACGAGGUGACCAAGGUCAUGGCUGACCGCGUCAUGUUCCGGGGAGAAAAGUCUCUGGAGAUGGUCCAGGCCAUGCAGGUCAUGACCUGUUUCUAUCAACCUCCUGACAAGUACGAAGAAUUGAAUUUCAAUCAGCUCAUUCACGUUGCCGCGGUCAUGGCUAUGGACAUUGGCAUGGGCAAGAGAGCCAGACGAGGAGGCGGCGGCAUCUGGAGACCAUAUCAUGACAACAAACGCCCACUAUCUGACCCUAAUAGUGCGGAGACUCGCCGAUGCUGGCUAGGUACUUAUUACAUGUGCUCCAAUUCUUCAAUGUCUCUCCGCCGCCCCUUGCUCAUUCGUUGGAGUCCAUACGCCGACGAGUGUAUCGAACUACUCACUACGGCCAAAGAUGCUGUGCCAUCAGACAGGUGGCUAUGUCACCUAGUACGGGCUCAGCAUAUUUCAGAAGAUAUUGGUCUGGAAUUUUCAAUGGACGAUCCAGCUUCACCUCUCUCAUUGACCGACCCGAAAACUCAAUAUCACUUAAAAGCUUUCGAACGACAACUUCGAGAAUGGCAUGAUGCUGGUAGUCCAGACCUCAACAAAAAACCCAUCAUCCAACAUACAGAAGGUAUCAUCAAUUUGUACAUGCACGAAAUUGCCAUGCACCAUAAUCACAACAUUGACGACUUUCGACCACCUUUCAAUGCCACUCCAAUUGAAGGUCCCCCUGAUCCUGAUAAUGUCACUCCGGCUCACAUUGAGGCUUUGACUACCUGCAUACAUUCCGCACAUACGACUUUUGAUGCAUUCCUAUCUAUGGAUAUCAACAUGUUACGAUGCCUUCCUACUCUAUUCUUUGUUCGGAACUCUUAUGCUGCCGUUGCCCUGAUCAAGAUGUACACAGCAGUAUCUGCCAAGGGCUCCAAAUUCGGCACCAUCUUCAAAAAGGAGGACCUCAAAGUCGAAUACUACCUUGAUCGGCUAAUCGAAACCCUCACCAAGACCUGUGAAGGCGGACUCAGCAGGGUCGCUCAUAAGUUUAGCUUGAUCUUCAACAUGCUGAAAAGUUGGCACAUGAAACGCACCGAACCCUACAAUGGUGACAGCAAUCCUAUCUCACGCCAGAGAACACCAAUGGGGCGAGGCAAUGCUCAACAGGUGUACAAAGCUCUUCCCCCUCAACAGGAUCCUGCAAGCUUAGCCUGGACUAAUGCACAGCCUCGUGGAUCAAUUGAUCAAAACACCCAACCCCACCAGCAACCCAGAAAUGGCCUUCAGAUGCUCUCUGAGGCUGCCAUGGGACCAGGACCGCCCCCUCCAACUGUAAUGGCGCAACAUCCACAAGCUCAACAAUGGAUGCCACAACAACACCCUCUUGGUCAAAUGCUACCUGGGGUUACAGAGAUGUCAAUGCAACAUCCAGGUAUGAUGGGCUAUCCCAUGCCUGAACUAGGGCCGAUGGACUUCACCUCUGACGAGCUGAUGGCCUUCGGCUUUGGUGACGAGUUCCUGGCGAUGAAUUUUGGAUUCGAACAAGGCAAUUGGCCUAUUUGA